GCCGCCCGAUCGCCCUUUCAUUGACGCUUGUUGCUGCAUCAUCGUCGCUAACCCGUUUCGCGGCCUUCACUGCUCGCCACCGCGUUAGACUCUUCUCUUUUAGGUUAAUUGUAUUAUUUUUAAUUGUGCGCGACUGCUCCUCCAUUCAUUCUCCUUGCAAGGCCCGUUGCACGAACAGAGUAGCUCGAUUUAUUUUUCUAAAGCUUCUCCUCCCCCUCCCCGUCAGCCGGCCACGGAGCAGUGCGAAAAAGCGAAGUCCCCCGAGAAGCAGCGCAGCCGCGGUUCACGAGACAGAGAGAAAAAAGGUUCUUCGCAAAGAGUAAAGGAAAGGGUUGUAGAGGAUAGUGCAGUAAACUCAUUUUUCCCUCCAUUUAAAGAUUUUGCGGUGUCCCUUGUGCGUUCUUCCCCCCCCCCUCCUUUUCAGUAUUAUUAUUAUUUGCCACACACCUUUGCGUUGGUCCUUCGUGUGUUGCUGCCGUUUAUGCGGCCAUACUCCCGCCGUGCGUCCUCUCUUCACCUUCUCUGUCGUGCCGUUUCUCCCUCCUCGUGACUGUUUGGUUUGAUUGCUUUCAUCCGUUUCUUCUUUAUAUAUAUAUAUAUAUAUAUAUAUAUAUAUAUAUAUAUAUCAGAACAGCUGAAUUUUUUUUAAACCCCUACUUUUGUUUUGUUGCCCUCCGGUUCUCUACGGUGUGUUCCUACUGGCUCCCACGCACAGCGCCGCUUUCUCUUUUUUACUCCCGCCUAUCUUUUUACUGUCUCUACUACUACAAACAAUACCACUACUACUACUAUUAUUAUCAUCAUUAUUAUUUAAAGCAUCUCAAUUUCUCUAUCCAAAUUCACUCGUCUGCACAUGCGGAGUAAACACGCGUAGAGCGACUGCGUUGACUCCAGCCCUCCCUCCCUCCUCCCCCUUUUUUUUAGUAGAACAGUUCGAAGCAGCUGUGUUUUCCGUGUCUGGCUUCUGUACGAUCGCAGCUGAUUUGGCGUUGUGUGUGUCUGUGUGUUUCCUCGAGGUGCGCACUCGCUGCUAUGCCUCUUCGCGCGUUUCACGGUACGUAGAAAACAAAGCAAAAACAAAAGAGCAUCAGCGUUUGUCCUUUUCGGUGUGUCCGCUGUGCGAAGUCGCGAACGAGAAUUUAAAAGAAAGAAGAGGAAAGAAGCGUCGUCGCUUUCCUUCUCUCUCUUUCACCUGCACUCGAUAGCCUGACCAAGAUCUUCAACAAGGAGAACAGCCAUACGCAUCUUCCUUUCUUUAAAAGACUUCUUUGAGCUCCCGUUCCACAUCAGCAUCGGCUCAGGUAUACCAUUCUCAGCAUCAUCGUCAUGGCGGUCCUGAAGAUUUUAUUAUACUUAGUCGUCGCGGCUGGCGCCGGCCUCGCCUACCGUGUCGGCUACCUCCUCGGCCUCGUCGUGUACGCCGCGGUUGUGUGUGGGCUGUGCAACUGGUGGAUGACGGUCUUCCUCCGCGCCGGCCCGCAUUCCUCCCGCCAGGUGCCACCGCAGCCCAUCGCCUACUGCCAGCAGCUCUCCGCGCAGGAACUCAGCAAGGCCUACCGCGAGGGUCGCCUCAGCUGCGUCGAGGUGGUGCGCACCUACAUUGAGCACAUCAAGCGAGUGAACCCCUACAUCAACGUCCUCGUCUUCGACUGCUUCGAGGAGGCGCUGGCGACGGCCGCGGAGGCAGACCGGGUGUGGGCGGAGUGGCGUGUGCACAAGGACCCCGCCCGCAUGCCCAGCUGGCUGCUCGGCGUACCGUGCACGAUUAAAGAGUGCAUGGAGUGCCGCGGCUGCCCCAAUUCAUCGGGGCACCCCACACGCCGCAGCGUCAUCUCCGACGUCGACAGCCCGGUCGUGCACAACUUCCGUGCCGCCGGCGCCGUCAUCCUCGGCGUCACCAACACGAGCGAGCUGUGCAUGUGGUUCGAAAGCUCCAACUACAUCUACGGCAUCACGUGCAACCCCUACGACCCGCGAUGUCUCGUUGGCGGCAGCAGCGGUGGUGAGGGGGCGGCGGCGGGGGCGGCCUUUUCCACCUUUAGCCUCGGCAGCGACAUCGGCGGGUCCAUUCGCAUGCCGGCCUUCUUCAACGGCGUCUACGGCCACAAGGCGAGCCCGCACUAUAUCUCGAACAACGGCCAGCACCCGGGGGCCAAGACCUCGGCGAACCACUACAUGGCCACCGGCCCCAUCUGCCGCUUCCCCGAGGACCUCAUCCCCCUCUCGAAAAUUGCCGCCCGCGGCGGGUUUCGCUUGGACCCCGUCACCUACCCCCCGUGCUCCCCACUGGAGAAGGUGCUCGACCUGCGUCGGCAUCCCCUGCGCGUGUACGCGCUGGAGGACUACGGCUUGCCUUUCAUUCGUGUGUCGGAGAGCCAGAUAGACGCCGUCCACGCCGCAGCGGAGGCACUGCGGAGUCGCUACGGGGCUGAGGUCACCUACAUCAACGUCCGCACCCCUGCCCGCUCCACCGGCGGCACGGUGCCGAAGGAGUUCCGGCCGUUUGCGAAUAUUCUCUCCAUGUGGGCGUCCGUCCUGACCAAGGACCCGACCGAAGCAAAGUUUAGCGCGCUUAUGGCCGAGGGACACGAGGGCGGCAUUAAUUGGAUAGCCGAGGCCGUUCGCUGGGUCUUUGGCCGCUCCGAGCACACCCUGCCCGCCAUCGCCCUCUGCGUGCUGGAGACGAUGGAGAUCAUCUUCCCCAAGUGGCUCACCAUCAGCCGCGAUGAGAACCUCCUGCCCUUCAAGAACGGCCUGGAGACGCUCCUCCACAAGGAUGGCGUCAUCAUCUGUCCGACCUUUCCGUCGCCCGCCCCGCGCCAUCACUUCCCGCUGUGGAACCCGUUCCAGUUUCAAUAUACCGCCGCCUUCAACGUGCUGCAGAUGCCGGCGACGGCCUGCCCGGUUUGGCCCGGUGCCAUCAUGGCCAACCGUCGCAAGGGGAUGUCCCCAUACGAGGUGCGCUCCGAGCACCUGCCGGCGGACUUUCACUUGCCGAAGGGAGUGCAGGUGGUGUCGGCCACCUUCCAAGAUGAGCUGUGCGUGAGCGUGGCCAUCGCUCUGAAGGAGUCGCUGGGUGGCUACCGCUACCCUUCGUGGUCCGUGCUGGAGGGCUCCGACUUCUAG